AUGGAGGCUUAUUGCGAUGGAGCGACACUGCUCAGCACAUUUCUCAAGGACGCCUUCCCCGCCCUCCGCUCCAUCCACGUCUGGGCCUGCAAGUUACCAAUCCUAUCCUGGCUCCACGCCCUCUCCGCGGGCCGACCCGCACCCGGCGCCCUAAAGACGAUCGUCCUCGACCGCGAGCACGGUUUAGACUGGGAGAACGAAGACAGCCAUCGAUGCUGGGGCGAGAAUAUGGGCUCGAGCGAGGAGAUGGCGCGCUACGCGCGUCCGCUGCCCUCCGACUUUGUGUCCGGGCUGGACGAGCUUACGGUCCGCCUCUACGACUGUCCGGACCCGGGGACGUGCGCCGCGCACAUAGCCGGUGAUAUCUUGCCUCAGAUGCAUGACGUCCUGCGAUUCGAGCAUACGCUGUGCUAUGGGGAAUGGGCAGAGUACACCUUGCCGCCUAAGUGGUAA